AUCAGUUUAGAAAUGUGAACAGGGCCGUAAAUUAACCUUCAAUUUGGAGGAGGCAGGAAAUUAGGCGGGGGUCUGGGGGCCGCCUAGGCCCCCAGACGCUGAGCACAUUUUGUGCACACUGAACACGUUUCGUGCAAAAUCCUUGAUUCUAGGGCCUUCUAAGAUGUUACUUGACUAACUCAUUCUAAAAGAAAGAUUUGGAAUGCUUUUUAAGGGAGGUAUCAUGUUCUUAGUUAUUGGAAACAACAUAAAUUCUAAUGAACUUUAAAUUUUAAUUUUUUUUGGCUCAAAAGUUGGAGGAGGCAGCUGCCUCCUCCGCCUCCAUGUAAUUUACGGCCCUGGUGAAUCAAAGUGAAAAAAUCAGGUUAGAAAUGUGAAUCAAAGUGAAUGAUCUUCAACGGCCUCACUAGAAAACUAAGAAACAAAGAACCCGGUGGACAGCAAUGGGUGGAAAGAUGAAACCCGGACUGUUAAUUUACACUUUUCUGCUCGGAUACUCUCUAUCUUAUGAUGAGUUGGUAAUUCCAAACUUCACAACAGCCGAAAUGAGCACAACACUUCAAGAUUUCGUAGCCUCUAGAACCGUGGACGGUCGGCCUGAUUUGUUACGGAUGAUAGAAGACCGAUCUUGCUCUCAUUCCGGCCUUGGUCAACAAUCUGCUUGGCUCAGGAUUGAUCUCGGGAAAGUUUACAGUUUAUACCAGGUACAGACCUGGUAUAGGAAUGAUCGAGAACCGAGAGCACCAAACACUGAAAGAUUUGUAGGCUACACUAUCAGAAUUUCCAAUGAUACCGCAAUACCUCCACAGGAAAUCUGCUUUCGGCAUAACCUCAAUCAACGAAUCCCGAUCCCGACUUUAAAUGAUUGUGUCGGCACUGCCAGAUAUGUAUGGUUUUACAAGGACAGGCCAGUACCACAGGAGGGGGUCAUUCUCGAGAUCUGCGAAGUUCAAAUAUCUGGUUGUGAAGUCAACCAUUACGGCCCAAAUUGUACCGCAUGUGGUAUCGGAUGUGGAACUUGUAAUAUCAAUUUCGGGUGCGCAGACUGCCUGCCAGGUCACGUGGAACCUGAGUGUGAAUGCCCUUUCGGGCUAUACGGGCUGGGCUGCACUCGGACAUGUAGUGGAAGGUGUGCAGAUGAUGAGAACUGCGAGAUUGAGACUGGGCAAUGUAGGAACGGCUGUACAUCCGGGUAUCUUGGGAUAUUCUGCAAUGAAACAUGCAUGCCCGGUCGUUUUGGAGUGAACUGUGCAAUGAACUGUAGUGACCAUUGUUUUAUGGAUGACCCAUGUGACGUCAUCACUGGAAUAUGUCCCAGAGGGUGCAGACGAGGAUGGAGAUCACCGUGGUGCAAUGAAACUGAUCCUCUCAUAGCUCCUCCUCCUCAAGCAGCUUCCGGAAGUGUUAUUGCCGGAACUAUCACUGGAAUACUAGUUGCCAUCAUUGUCAUAGCCGUUGCCAUGGUGUUUGUCAAUAGGUUACGAAAGAAGCAGACCCCAGAAUAUAAAGAUUUUGUGUUUAGGCGAAGCUUAAAGAUUAACAGAGGUGGCACCAAUAGUUCUGCAAAGCUCGUAGAUAACCUACCUGAUGAACAGGACAACCGAUCCAGCCAUAACAGUGAUGGAGGAUCAUCGCUAUACUGCAACACAUCACGUGACUCAUUCUUUCUUACCUCUAAAGUUAUAAAAGUCUGUAAUAUUUCCAACGCUAUAAAGGCCAAAUCAAGAGACAGCUUUAGAAUAUUCCAAAAGGAAUUCAAGGAUGUACCACACGGAGAACAGAGUGAGAUACCAUGUACAGUAGCCAAGGAACCCCGACACAAAACUCGAAACAGAUUCAAGACGACAUUUCCGUAUGACCACUCCCGUGUGAUUUUGAGAUCAUCUGAAAAUGACUACAUCAAUGCAAACUUUAUAAAGGAUAUAGAUGGCAGCAGAAAAUUCAUAGCUUCCCAAGGUCCAAAGAUCAACACAUUGGCGGAUCACUGGAUUAUGAUUUGGCAGGAAAAUAUUUCUGUCGUCGUCAUGCUGACCAACCUAGUCGAAGGAAGCAAGAAGAAAUGUGAGCAAUACUGGCCUGAAUCGGAAGAAGAAAUGGCUUAUGGGAACAUCACUGUACGUUUAAUGCAGGAAAAGCGAUAUGCGAACUACGUCAUCAGGCAACUUCAAUUGCGGCAAAAUUCAGAAUCCCUCGCUAGAAAUGUUUCCCACAUGCACUACACUCACUGGCCGGACCAUGGCGUUCCGGAUCCGGUCGAUCUAAUGAUCUUUCAUAAACACAUGGUGCGGAUCCAACAGAGGAGCAAGGAUAAUCCGUUGUUAGUGCACUGCAGCGCAGGCAUAGGCCGGACUGGAACCUUUAUAGCACUGGACGUACUCUUUCGGCACGGAUCCACCCACGGAAGAUUCAACGUGGUAGACUAUAUCAAAACAAUGCGUAAAGAUCGCAUGAGUAUGAUACAAAAUGUAGACCAGUACGUGUUUCUACAUUUUGCACUGAACGAGUCCUUUAAAGGAAACGAGAGGCUAAUGGACAAGGCUUCAUUUGUGUCUGAGCAAAGCCAAAACCAAAAUCCGACCAGCGAGUCAAAAUUAGCACAGGAAUUCAAGGCGCUGAUUGCCAUAAAAAAAUCCUACAUAGAGGCUGACAAAGAAUCAGGGACAUCACACAAGGAACUGAACUAUAACCCGGAUGUAUUACCAAUUGACAGGUACAGAGCGGCCUUGUCGUCCUACGUUGAAGGACGCUCAGAUUAUUACAAUGCCGUUUUUGUGUCCUCUUUCUGUGAAUACAACAAUCUGAUAACAGCGCAAUAUCCGGUGGAGGGACAGGCAGAAGAUUUCCUGAGGCUCCUAAUGGACCACGAUUCGAACACUCUCGUAUCCAUAAACCCUCUCAGAAAUAUUCCAUCGACGCUAGAAUGGUUUCCACGAGAGAACCCAAUCUCUCUGACGUCAUGCGUGAUCUCCAGGAAAUCGUCCUCUGACAUCACGCCGUCUGUCCGCGAAACCGAAAUCACAAUAAAGACUGAAGAGUCUGAGGUACAUCACGUCAAAAUUUACGAACUGGCAACUUGGAAAAUAGAUGACGUAAUACCACGUGACCUUCAAAUGAUCAAUGACGUUAUUAAGCACGUGAUGAACAACGACCAAUCGGCGAGUGGAAACCCAAUAACCAUUGUGUCAAAAGAUGGGGCGACCGGAUGUGGAGUGUUAUGUGCUGUUUAUAACGCCAUACAACAACUACAACAGGACGACGAGGUGGACAUGUUUACCAUCGCCCGGCAGCUACAGAUACGCAGACCGGAAAUGAUAUCAUCAGUGGAAGAAUACAGCGCUUGUCACAAAAUAGUAGCAUCGGCGCUAGCGGACUCGACCAAUGGGGUUAACUCAAGCAAAAGCAGAGCAGCAGACGACAUCGGUGUGUAUGGUAAUGUGGAAAAUGUGUAUGCCAAUUAACAGAGAAGAAAAUGGUUUUAUUUCCGUCACGUGACCGGUGGCUCGAUCUUUGCAUAGUUACAGGAGGACAGACUUUUAAAUAUGUUUUUAAAUAGGUUGACGCGCUGUGAUGCAUUUUUCGAGAAUGAUGAAGUGCAUUCUUAUUGGAUAUUUUGUAUCAAUCCUAUUGUUUAAUUGACACGUUGUCUUUAAAAGUUUAUGUCUGUAAAUAUCAUACUGCAAAA